AUGGGGCAAGAAAAUCAAUCCACCACCACAGAUUUCAUUCUCCUAGGCCUCUUCUCUGACUCCCAGCAUCCUGAGAUUUUUGUUGCUAUUGUCCUCUUAAUUCUUGUUGUGGCCUUUACUGGAAACUCCAUCCUGGCCUUACUCAUCUGUGGGGAUGUCCACCUCCACACACCCAUGUACUUCCUGCUCAGCCAGCUCUCCCUCAUGGACCUGACGCUCAUCUCCACCACUGUCCCCAAGGUGGCGGCUGACUUCUUCUCAGGACACAGAAGUAUCUCUCGCAUUGGCUGUGGUGUCCAGAUCUUUCUUUACUUGAUGCUAGGAGUGGCUGAGUGCGUUCUCCUGACCCUCAUGGCCUUCGACAGAUACUUGGCCAUCUGUAGCCCCCUGAGAUACGCAGUCUUCAUGACCCCCAGAGUCUGUAUGCAAAUGGCUGCCAGCUCCUGGGCUGGGGGUGUUCUUGUCUCUCUAAUGCACACAAUUUAUGCCAUGCACUUUUCUACCUGUGGCUCCAGGAAGAUUCAUCAUUUUUUUUGUGAAGUCAUGGCCCUUCUGAAACUGUCUUGUGAGGACACGUCCACGUAUGAGAAAGUAAUAUUGGUGUCAGGCAUUGUUUUCCUUCUUAUUCCUUUUGGGCUCAUCCUGACUUCCUACAUCCUCAUCUUCCUCGCUGUUCUCCGCAUGAACUCCCCCGAAGGCAAGAAAAAGGCUCUGACCACCUGCUCCUCUCACCUAGGUGUGGUAAGCCUCUACUUUGGUCCAGCCAUGAUUAUCUACAUGACCCCUGGUUCCUCUCUUCCUUCAGCGGUGGACCAGCGGCUCUUUGUGUUUGAUUCCAUCAUCACUCCCAUGCUGAACCCCCUAAUCUACAGCCUGCGCAACAAGGAAGUAGCGGGGGCCCUAAGGAAGGCACUGGGGACAAAGGUGAUUGUUAAACAGCACAGGAGAUGA